AAUCACCUGAAACUCAACCACUAACUUAAACUAGUUCUAACUUCUAAGACCCUGCAUCAUAAUUAUUCCAAACAUCGAUUAUUUUUCUGCAUUGAUCCAAAUUGAUUCUGCAUGCAUCCACCAUGGCUCGAGCCAUGGUCCUACUAUGUUCCCUCCUCCUGCUUCUAGGCGCAACCACCACCCACGGCAUGGGUGUGAAUUGGGGCACACAAGCUGCUCAAAAUGUGAACCCGAGUGUCGUAGUCCAGAUGUUGAAAGACAACAACAUCAAGAAAGUGAAGUUGUUUGAUUCUGAUCACUGGACCGUCAAAUUCUUUGCUGGCUCUGGAAUUGAAGUCAUGCUUGGCAUUCCUAAUAACCAACUCAAAGACCUCGGGGAUCAUGACAAUGCCAAGGACUGGGUGAAACAGAAUGUCUCCAAACAUAUGUAUGAUGGAGGUGUUAAUAUCAAGUACGUGGCUGUCGGAAAUGAACCAUUCUUGAAGGCCUAUAAUGGAUCUAACCUUAAGACAUUGUUGCCUGCUAUGGAAAACAUUCAGAAGGCUUUGAAUGAAGCUGGCCUUGACCAUAUAAAAGUAACCACCCCACAAAAUGCUGAUGUUUAUGAAUCAGGCUCAGGUGUUCCAUCUGAUGGCAAUUUCCGCAAAGACAUCCGAGACCUGAUGGGCAAAAUUGCGAAUUUUCUCAGUGACAACAACUCCAUGUUUCUUGUUAACAUCUACCCUUUUCUGAGUCUUUACCAGAACCCUGAUUUUCCAGUUGAAUUUGCUUUCUUUGAUGGCGGAGCCAAACCGGUCCAAGACAAAAGCAUUAGCUACAACAACAUGUUUGAUGCAAAUCUCGACACCCUUUACUGGUCUCUGAAAAAAGCUGGAUACCCAAAACUGAAACUAGCAGUAGGUGAAAUCGGAUGGCCUACUGAUGGCAAUAAAAAAGCAAAUGUCAAAAUGGCUCAAAGAUUCUACGACGGGUUUUUCAGAAAAAUGGCAACUAACAAAGGAACUCCUCUGUAUCCUGGCUACAUUGAGUGCUACCUUUUCAGUCUCAUGGAUGAAAAUCUGAAAAGUGUAGCCCCAGGUGAGUUUGAGCGCCACUGGGGCAUAUUCAGGUACGACGGACAGCCAAAGUACCCUAUAGACUUCACCGGAAAAGGGAAUGAUAAAAUGCCAGUUGGAGCAAAGAAUGUGCCGUAUCUUGAGCAUGAAUGGUGUGUACUUGACAGAGACAAAGUGAAGAAUCCUAAGGAUAGUUCUAUUCAAUCCAACAUGCAAUAUGCAUGUGCAAUGGGUGAUUGUACUAGCUUGAAGGAUGGAGCAUCAUGCGACAAUUUGGAUCUGGUGCAUAAAGUUUCGUAUGCAUAUAACAAUUAUUUUCAGAUCAAUAAUCAAGAUGUGGAAGCCUGUGACUUCAAGGGUACAGCAAAGAUUGUAAAGACAAAUGCAUCUACUGAUGGUUGUUUUUUCCCCAUAGCUUUGCAGAAUGCUGCUGGAUUCAGAGUCUCUAUAGCUACAGGAAUGAGUGUUUUUGCUGCUCUGCUCACAUUGCUGAUACUGUUUUAGAAUUCGAGCUGUUAAAAUGUUCUUGAUAUUGUUCCGGAUAUUUGUUGAAACAAUUGCCAAGCUAUAUACAUUGAUUUGCUUGGAUUCUAAAUUGUUGAAUAUAUGCAUGACUUGCGAUUUUUUGAUAGGUAUGUCAUAGUUGUUUUU